AACACGAUCGCUCUCGGCUCGGGUGCCCUUGCGAGAGACUCUGAUCCCCCCAGUCCGAUGGCCGCGUCGUUGGACCUUGCGAGUCUGCAGUCCAUGGCACAUACGCUCCGCAGCAGCUUUCUAAGUCAGGCAUUGGUGCUGUUGCUGCUCGUGUUGGUGUUGCGCUACGUGGCUGCUUCCUGGCGCUCCGGCUUGGCACCGUACGAAGUGCAGACAUGUCCACCCAUCAACCCCCACGUGCAUUAUCGCUACGGCGUAUCGCAGAUGCAGGGGAGACGCCCGUACAUGGAGGACCGCCACACGGCCAUGGCGGAUCUUAACGGCGAUCCAAAGCAGAGCUUCUACGGCAUCUUCGACGGCCAUGGAGGUGACGGCGCUGCAAACUAUUGUGUGCAGGCCAUGUGUCAAAAUGUGAUCCGGGAGCCGACCAUCACGAAGGAACCCAUUGAAGCGCUGAAGAACGGAUUUCUACGCACAGACCAAGAGGCAAUUGUUGUGCUGACACAGGGCGACGAGAUCUUCGUGGCGCAUACAGGCGACUCUCGAGCCGUGUUGGUGCAUCGCAGUGGCAAGGCGUCGGUGCUGACAUCCGACCAUAAGCCCAAUCGACCGGACGAACGUCGUCGGAUUCAAGAGCUAGGAGGAUCGGUCGUUUUCUGGGGCGUAUGGCGCGUAGAAGGCAUCCUUGCCGUGUCUCGCGCUAUCGGCGACCGGAUGCUCAAGCCUUUUGUUGUAGCAGAGCCAGAAGUGAAGAAGUUUACGAGGACGGAGGAGGAUCGCUAUGUCGUUCUUGCCAGUGACGGAGUCUGGGAUACCGUUUCCAAUGACGACGCGGCGCAACUGGUGCUCAAAUACGAGGACCCGCAGACUGCAGCGCAGCGUAUAAUGGAGGAGGCCUAUGCACGUGGCAGUAUGGACAAUAUCUGCGCCAUGGUCAUCGACUUACGAGAGUAA